GCGGUUUAGUUACGACAUGCUGAAAAGAGUACGGUGAUUUACUCGGUUCAUUCGGUCUUCCUAAACAUAUCUUCGAAAAUGUCUGAUCCCGUCCGACCUAGGGGCAGGCCAGCCCACACACCCGGAACGACGGUUCUGACAUAUACCCCUGACGGCCGAUACAUUAUCACUGGAGGCUCGAAUUCCGCGAUCCGAAUCUAUACCGAUGGAGAAGAUGGGGAACCCAAAACCGUGGAAGAAGGCGCCGAUGCACAUCUCGCUAUAGGAGCUACGAAUGAGUACUUUUUUAUGGGCGCCGAAGACGGCACAGUCUGGCAGUACGAAGUCAAGUCGGGGAGAAUGGACAAACUCCUUACACGCACUGCGCUGGCAGUGCGCGAUAUCGCCAUUACGAAGGAUAAUGGAUGGGUUGCUGUCGCGAGCGAUGAGCUUACUGUAAAACUGGUGAACAUCGAGGACAUGACCAAGGUCAAGUAUAUGAGGGAACAGACAAAGGGAACGAAACACAUCACCUUUGACCCGAAUGGAAGGUAUGUUGCGGUGUCGUGUACGGAUGGAAUCGUAUAUCUCUACUCAAUGGACACCGAGGAGCCCGAACUGGCGCGGAAGCUAGACGGUGUGAUCCGGCGGCUCGAACCCGAAGAUGAAGCGACCGCGAGGGUGGUCUGGCAUCCUGAUGGUACUGCAUUUGCGACGGCGGAUGCGAGCCGGGAUAUUGCCUUGUUCUCCGUGGGCGAGUGGAAGAAGGAGAUGUCGUUCUCUGGUGGCCAUAAUGGGGAUAUCACGGCCAUGAGUUGGUCUCCUAACGGGGCGCUCAUGGUGACCGCUGCAAAGGACGGCCAGGUGCUGCUCUGGGAAAGUAAGACGCAGAAGAUUCUCCAUCGAUACAACUUUCCAAACGUGAUCAACCUCGCAUGGCAUCCGACAAAGAACGGUGUCUCACUCACCACGUCAGACGGAGAGAUAUUCAUCUUCGACGGAUUUGUGCCCAAGGACUACCAAGCUCUACUUCAGAAGCCGCUACAAGCAGCACCUAUAUUUCCCGGCGCAUUGACUGAGAUAUCCGAUAAUGUGCAGCGACCCUUGGCGAGUCGGCCUAAGGAGGCACUGCGCAGGGGCAGCAUUGACUCGCUAGAUGAUAUCCUGGGUUACGACCAAGACAUGGAAGACUUUGUCGAAGACGACGAUGGAGCUGGUUAUGUUGAGGAUGUCAAUGGGUUCGGGAAGCGCACGAACAAGCAUCUGGGUGAUAUUGAGGGUCAUAUGGAUAAACGGACAUUGACAUCGUUUCCGAAGCCAAAGAUCCACCCGCCACUUCAACCUGGUAGCACGCCUUGGAGGGGGAAUCGCCGGUAUUUAUGCUUGAACUUGACGGGUGCUGUGUGGACUGUGGACCAGGAAACCCAUAAUACUGUGACGGUGGAAUUUUAUGACCGGGAACUGCACCGUGACUUUCACUUUACUGACCCGUUUUUGUAUGAUCGGGCAUGCCUAAAUGAAAAUGGGGCUCUUUUCUCAAACAAUCCAGUUGAUGAUAGCCCUGCCACGAUCUUCUAUCGUCCGCAUGAGACGUGGACAACGCGAGCAGACUGGAAAACUACGCUGCCAAAAGGAGAACACAUUCGAGCGCUGGCGCUUAGUGAUUCGUACAUUGUCGCAGUAACGACAAAAGACUAUGUUAGAGUAUAUACAUUAUAUGGCACACCUUUCAGGGUGUACAGACAGAAAAGCCCGGCCGUGACCUGCGCCGCCUGGAGAGACUAUGUUAUGACCAUAGGCAACGGACCGCUGGGAAGCGACGGGCGAACGGGGACGCUGCGGUACUCGAUCGAAAACGUCAAGCGCGACGAAAUAUGCCAGAACGAGGAUGUUGUGGCUAUCCCGGAAGGAGCUGAGCUGAAAAGCGUUUUCUUCACAGACAUGGGGGACCCUUGUAUCUACGACACGGAAGGCGUGCUGCUGGUCCUGCAGCACUGGCGCACCCAAGGCCAAGCGCGCUGGGUUCCACUCCUCGACACAAAGCAGCUGGAGCGACUGGCAAGCGGCCGCAAAGAAGAAACGUACUGGCCCGUCGCAGUCGCGCAGGACAAAUUUCACUGCAUCAUUCUGAAAGGCGGAGAUCGAUACCCGUACUUCCCACGACCAAUGCUCAGCGAAUUCGAUUUCCAGAUCCCCAUCUCCGACAAGCCCAAGCCGCAAGAGGAAGACGAAGAAGGAAGCACCGCGCGCAACGACAGUAUGCGCCUUGAGGAAUCUUUUGUCCGUGGUAAUCUCCUCCUCUCACUGUUCCAGGACCUCCUUUCGGCCACGCACGCGACGGCCACGCAGCGCGCUGAAUUGUCGCGGAAGGAGCUGGAGCUUGACAAGGUGCUUCUGCAGCUUCUGGCGAUCGAGUGCCGAGAGGGCGAGGAGCGGGGCAUGAAGGCGCUGGAGCUGGUGCAUAUGAUGAAAGACCGCAAUGGGAAAAUGGUUGAGGCGGCUGUCAAGGUUGCGCAGCGGUAUAACCGGGGCGUGCUGGAGGAUAAAAUCCGGGACUUGGCGGCGCGGCGGUAUGCAGGGGAGGACGACGACGAUGAAUUAGCAUUUUGAUGAGUGUAUGAAAUACUAGCUGUUUAAUUGAUACCUUGAUUGAUUGA